CUGACACAUGUGACAGAAGCAGCUCCAUUUAAAAAGGUUCUCCGUGGCGGCCAUGUUGAAGGUUCUCCUCUCUACCAGGAAGUGUUCCAGCUUCGUCUCCAGGAUGAGGUACGUGGACAGGUUGAAGCAGGAUGAUGAUGCGUGUUCUGCAGCGCUGCAGACGGGUCGUAUGUUCCUGUUCCACCGACUGAACCCUCUGCUGCAGAACACAGAACGAGGAACCUUCAGACCCGCCACACUGACCUGCUCAGAUGUGCAGUCAGUCCUGGAGAACCUCGGUGCAGACGGGUCCCUGCUGAAGGAGUCAGUUCUGAUUGGCUGUUCUGAACAGAACCAGGCUGAGUUCUGUUUGGAUGUUGGGCGGCUGGAUCAGGCAGCGGUGGAGGAAAUGGUCACAGGAAGCUUUGUGGACCUGAGGAAGUCGUUCUUCCUGCUGAGCGGAGCAGAAGCGCCUCUAGUGGCCAAGGGUCAGGCUCUGCUGCGCUGGCAUCAAACCAGCGGCUUCUCCAGCGCCACGGGUCAGCCGACCCGCCGCAACCAGGCCGGAAGUCAGAGAGUGUGCAGCAGCAGUGGCAUCAUCUCCUAUCCCACGAUGUGUCCGGUGGUCAUCGUGCUGGUGUCGGAUGGGACCCGGUGUGUUCUGGGGCGCCAGGCAGCGUUCCCUCGGGGGAUGUACAGCGCUCUGGCCGGGUUCUGUGAUAUGGGGGAGAGCCUGGAGGAGGCGCUGUGCAGGGAGGUGGCGGAGGAGGUGGGACUGGAGGUCCUCAGUGUCUCCUACAGCUCCUCUCAGCACUGGCCCUUCCCCCACAGCUCCUUCAUGCUGGGCUGCCACGCCUCCGUUAGCCCCGCCCACACCCAGCUGAUCGUGGACCGCUCUGAGCUGGAGGACGCUCGCUGGUUCAGUCUACAGGAAGUGAUGUCAGCGCUGCAGGUGACCCAGGAGGGGCGACCCCCCCCCCCCCUCUGGCUGCCCCCCAAACACGCCAUCGCCCACCGACUCAUCACAGAGUGGACCCAGCUGAUGCAGACGGUCAGCUGACCAGUGCUGAGUGAGGAUGAAGACCAUGUGACCUGAUAGAAAAGCUCCACAACUAAUGUUUAA